AUGCGAUUCAUCGAUACAGGAGCGAACGCCGACACUGCCGACGAAGGCUCGCCGCUGAUUCAGCCUCGCCGUCCGUACAAUUACAACUCGGACUCGGGCGUGCAUUACGGCCGUCGUGACGUGGACGGAUCGUUGUCGCCCUCGACACGUCGCCAUGUGUACUACGGCGCGGGACAUUACAACGCCACGAACAACAGCUCGUCCGACGAAGAGAACGACGACGCGUUUGCUAUUGCGAUCGCCGACCCGAAGGUGGACCGCAUGCCACUCCCCCAUGCCAAGUCCUCCCGCACAGCGCUGCGUGCGUUUCUCAAGAAACCCACUCCUGAAUCAGUCAACGAGAAGGCGAACCGGUACACGCGCCGCACGCGCAUGCGCAACAUGAAGAAGUUCCGCCAAGGCAUGGGCGUCCCGAAACUUCUCCGUGUGUCGGCGUACUGCACGUGCGACUCGAUCUCGCUCUUCAAGCUCCUCAAGUGGCUCGAGCGCGUGGAAACGGGGCAGCUCCCCGGGGGCGAACUCAACCCGAACGGAUGGACGCACAAGAUGCACAUGGGCGCGAUCCAUUCCGCGUGUACGUCCGACGAGCGCGAAGAGGACUUGAUCAACGACGAGAUGCUCGCCAUCGAGCGCAAGGACGUGUUCUAUUUUGCAACGGGAUGCACGGUGUUCUGGGGACUGACGCGAGCGGAAGAGCAGGCGCAUAUUCAAGCGAUCCGCGCGUUUUCCAACGGCAGCGUCAAGCAGGUGGAAGUCGAGGACAUGGACUUCUGCUACGGCGACGCCAGCAGUGUGAUCAACGAUUCCAUCACGCUGAGCUCAUUCCGGUCAUCGGAGAAGAUUGCGAUUUCGUUUGCGAUGGCGCAAUCGUCCAAGCUGGACGUGUUUGAGCAACGUGUGGACGAAACCAUCCAGGAGACGCGCCACAUCCCGCAGACCCUCGCCGACACGGGCGAGAUCAAAAAGUACUCGCAAAAGGACAUCUCGCAGCUGAUUGGUCGGCUGUUUAUCGAGCGCAGUGACAUCAACCUGAACUCGGACAUGCUGGACGAUCCCGACUUCUUCUGGGACGACGACGAGUACCAACCUCUGUACAAGAAGAUGAUGAAGUACCUGGACGUGGACAAUCGCGUGCACAUCCUCAACACGCGGCUGGACAUUCUUCGUGAAUUGCUGGACGUGCUGAGCCAGCAACUGGCGAGACAGCACGAUACGAAGCUCGAAUGGAUUGUGAUCUGGCUGAUCGUGGCCGAGGUGGUCGUCGAGGUCUUCUGGAACAUCCUCAUCAAGGACAUCCUCGGCUUCUUUGCGCAUAAUCGCGAAUAA